GUUGUUGCUGGAUUUUUUAUACUUUAGUACCAUGUGCAGUGUUCGCCAUUUUAUGACUUGUUUGAAAACUUUCAAAAGCUGAGAAUAGCCCGAUGACCACUAAAAAGUCAUAUAUAGAUAAUUUUCUUGAUUACCCUCAGGAUGUUGAUCAACUUGAAGAUUCUGAAAGUACAAUAAAAGAGCAGAAAAACUGUGAUCUAAUAUAUUUUAUGGACAAUAUUAAGAAAUCAAAUGAACUCUUUGACUUGACUGCCAUUAAUAUACCGAAAAAAUCAAGUUUUGAUUAUCUUAAAAAAAUGCAACACAAAUCAAGAGAACUCAAUUUAUCAACAGCAAACCAAUUUCGUGUUAGAGGUAGAGGCUGCCCACUGGAAAGUUCAAUAUUUAACGAAAACCAUAGAAAAUUACGGGAAGCCUAUAAACCUACACAAAAAUACCACUUCCAUGAAAAGAGUGUCACAGAACAACUUUCAGAUGUGCCAAAAGAUAUUUUAAAUAUGGAAAUAACCAUUGAAAAUAUUCCGGAAAAAGGCAAAGAAACAUUCGAAAAGUCAUUGAAACACUUUAUUAACGAUAUAACUGACUUGAAAUUUAAGAAAGUUCUUGGUAGUUUAACUGCAACAAUGGCAUGUCAAAAAGAAACUUAUCACCGGAUUUAUAAAGCCUUUAAUAAUAAAUUUAUACCAGGAUAUGAAAAGGCUAGGUCACCAACGACGGUUUGGUCCAAGAAACUAAACGACUACUAAUUAAUAUAAAUGUGUCUGUGUAUAAGAUAAAUACAAUUUAUUCAUAGAUACUUUGCAUUAUGUAAAAAAAUAUUAUUUAUAGAACUUUUCGCAUUAAAAUGAUUUAUUUUCUACAUUCUAACAUAAAAAGUCUAGGCAAUACUUUUUCCUUUGUUUAAAAUAAAUGGAAAUUUCUAAAAUUUAUACAAUUCCAAUCUUCAAAAUAUAGGAAAUUCUUGUUUUCCUAUUGGUGGAAUAAAAUACAAUUUUCACUCUUAGGUCAUAUAACAAUAACACUUCCAAGAAAUUAUUUGAUGAAACAAAAGAGAUAGGAACUUUAUAUUAUGCCAAAAGUCAUCAAGGCCAAAAGCUGAAAGACUUAAAUGUCAGGGACGCAUGAGAGAAUUUUUUUACCACAUAUGAAUUUAAUAAUUGUAAUGCUUCUUGCCAUGAUAAAUGAACUCUUUUUAAUAGGAACUUAACAUAGGAGCUUACUGAGUGUAUUGCCUUCAUAGAAUUUGCAAUUUCCUUUACCCAAGGAUUUGUUUUUUGAGAGUAAAUUUUGUGAUAAUACCUAUUUUCAGGAACAGCCAUAGCGACUAAUAGUGAUGCAUA